GCCAUAUAGACAGAGGCUCAUCUGUAUUCAAUCACAUUUUGUUGAGAUGGAGAGAAGUGUAGCACUGCUCCUGUUUUUCGGGCUGGUCAGUGUAAGUUGUUCUUGUGUGCGUCCUCCCGAGGCUUAUAAGUUUGCAGGAGCUGUGUGCAGGCUUACCUACCCUGCUGCUGCCGUCUUGAAUGAGAAGACUACAAAAGUAAUAGAGGCCGCCUUUCAGCAUGCCAAAUAUCCCAGCAUAGAGGGAGUGAAGUCAAUGGGCUUCAUGGGUAAAGUAGAAUAUAAAUUUCACAAUUUAGAGAUCCAUAACCUUUCAAUUGGCAAGAGUGAGUUUGAGCUGAAAGAGAAUGUAGGAAUAGGGCUGAUCAUUUCAAAUGUGUCUGCUGUAUUCAAGGGAACCAUCAACUAUGGAUAUGGGAGCUGGCUAAUCAGUUUGAAACAGUCAGUUGAUUUUGAAAUUCAGUCUCAGAUUGACCUGGGCAUCAAUCCAAAACUAUACUGCGGAAAGGGCAAAGUGGCUGCAGACACUUCAGACUGUUACCUCACCUUUCACAAACUGAAACUGCUCCUGCAGGGAGAUCGAGAACCCGGCUGGCUGAAAAGAAUGUUCACAGAUAUUGUGACGUUCACUGUGAAGUUAGUUGUAAAGUCACAGAUCUGUAAAGAAAUAAACAAUGUGGCCAACAUACUAGCAGACUUCAUCCAAGAGCAAGCAGAGCAAUUUAUAAGUGAUGGUGACAUUCGUGUGGACAUCUCUGUGAUUUCUCCACCCAUCAUCAAGUCUAACUAUAUAGAGUCAUACCAUAAGGGUCUGGUUAAAUACAAUGAUGAAACAUCGGUCCUAAAUACUUCAGUGUUCAACCCCUCCCAACUAUCUGAGAAACGCAUGUUAUACUUCUGGAUCUCUGAUGGGCUUUUAGACCCACUUAUGAGUGCUGCAUACCAUGAUGGACGAUUUAAACGCAACAUCUCAGGGACAGGACUCACGGAUCUGCUUCAAACAAACAUGUCCCUAGCCAGACCUGAAUUGUUAAGCAAGUGGCUGUCCUCCGAGGGUCCGGUGUUAAAGGCAAGGAGCGUGUCAGUUCCUCACCUGUGGACCACCACACAGGGCACAUUUGUCAGAGCUGUUGCUGGAGUUGAGCUUUCUUUGGCCAAUCAGACUGAACCAACACUUUAUUUUGAGACUGAUGUAACAGUUGUUGUACGAGCGUCAUAUGCAGAGAAGAAACUCAUUUUGAUGGCCACUCCAGAGCUUAUUAAUAUAACAAAAGUCUCAACACCCGAAGGAGCCACUGAGGUGGAUGAAAGCUUGCAAACGUAUCUACAGGAGGCUGUGGAAAAGAUGGGCAUCCCCAAAGUCAUAUCAUACCUUGAGCCAGAUUUAACCUCUUUGAUGGACGAACAGGGACUUUACCUCUUUGACAUCAUCAAUCCUGAGGUUUUACCCCAGGACGGGUAUGUGAUAGUGCAGCUAGAUUUUGGUUUUCCUCAUCAUCUGCUGGUGGAAUUCCUUAAAAGGACAUUGGACUGACAAUCCUUCAAUCUCUCUUUCACUUUCAAACACAAACACGCUUCUUUUUCUCUUUUUUUUUUGUCGGGACUUUCCAUUGACUUCUAUUGUUAUCAUACUGGGCUGAUGAUGUUUAUCCACACACCCAAACAUGUUUACAUCUAAAUAGGGACAUUACACAGUCUCUGUUUUUAUACAGCAACUGGAUGUCUUCAAACUGAGGUUUUGCUAAAUUUUUGGUACAAAUAUAAUGAAGUAGGUAUACUCACAACUGUGUGUAUAAAAUACAACUGACUGUUUUGACUUUAUUGCAUGUAUGUAAAGAAGUUUGAUGUAUGUUUUCAGACCUUGUAUAUAUUUAAGUACGCAUCACAAUCAUGCUUUAUUUAGAUGUAUUAGUCUUUUAGUAAUAUGAUCCCAUGUUACCCAAAUUAAACAAUCCAUUGUCAUUGUGA